AUUCAUACUUAGACUAUCGGGACAUGCGCACGAGCUGCGGCAGUGAACGGAGUCUUCAGCAUGGCUUUCUACGCAGAGUCGUGGCUCACAGAGCUGUUGGUAGCCCUGUCGCUGGUAGUGGCGGCUGCGUACGUGUGGUUCUCCCACUCGUUCAAGUACUGGAAGAAGAAGGGAGCGCCCUAUCUGGAACCGCAGUUCCCCUUUGGUAACGUCUACAAAAGUUUUGUGGGCAAGCUCUCAAUGCCAUUGGAUAUAGUUGACGCCUACUGGCAACUGAAAGGCAAUCGUUUCGGCGGGAUAUAUUUCUUCACUCGACCAACCCUAUUGGUACUGGAUCCGGAUUUGAUCCGCUGCAUUCUCGUCAAGGACUUCUGGACCUUCCAAGACAGAAUGACAUUAGUAAACGAGAACGAACCUAUAAGCCAACACCUUUUUGCUAUUCGUGGGAACAAAUGGCGCAGGUUACGUGUGAAGUUGACGCCCACGUUUACAUCUGGAAAAAUGAAGAUGAUGUUCCAGACAAUGGCGGACUGCGGCCGCGAGAUGGCGGAGGUGCUGGAGGCUCCAGCGUCGCGCGGGGAGGUGGUCGAGAUGCGGGAGCUGAGCGCCCGCUACUCCACUGACGUCAUCGCGUCCGUCGCCUUCGGCAUCCAGGUCGACUGCCAGCGGAACCCGGAGAACGAAUUCCGGCAGUGGGGGCGGCGCGUCUUCGAGCCGGGUCUGCUGGCCACCCUCAACGCGCUCAUCUCCUCCAUCAGUCCCAAACUGCUGACUACACUAAGGGUAAGAAGUAAUCUUUCAGUGAUCUCAGCGUACUUCCGCGGCAUGGUGAGGGAGACAGUGAAGUACAGGGAGGAGAACAACAUAACGAGGAAUGACUUCAUGCAGCUGAUGAUCCAACUCAAGAACAAGGGAAGCGUCGACACCACCAAGGGCGGAGAGCACGAGGAGGCUGGAGGAGAUGUCUGGAAGUUAUCGAUCGACGACGUCGCAGCCCAGGCGUUCGUGUUUUUCGUCGCCGGUUUCGAGACCUCGUCCACCACCAUGAGCUUCGCCCUUCACGAGCUGGCUCACCACCCAGACGUCCAAGCGCGCUUGCAGGAGGAGAUCGAUUCAGUCCUUAAGCAGCACAGUGGGCAAGUCACCUACGACGCAAUCAGCAGUAUGCACUACCUCGAUAAAGUAGUUGCAGAGACCCUGAGGAAGUAUCCGCCAAUUCCGUUGCUGAACAGAAUGUGCAAUCGUGAGUACAAGAUACCUGACAGUGACGUAGUCGUGGACAAGGGCACCUCUAUUAUUAUACCUGUGUACGGACUGCACCACGACCCAGAGAUCUUCCCAGACCCCGAGCGUUUUGACCCCGAGAGGUUCUCUGAGGAGCAGAAGGCCCAGAGACACCCCUACGUCUACCUCCCCUUCGGAGAGGGUCCACGGAACUGCAUAGGUAUGCGGUUUGGACUGCUCCAGACCAAAGUCGGUCUUACGAACGUACUCGCAAACUUCAGCGUAGUGCCAUGUGAGAAGACAGUUCGCCACUUGUCCUUCGAACCCAGAUCAGUCAUCCUGAAACCAAAAAGUGGUAUCCAACUGAGACUCAAGAAGAGAAACAAAGUGUAGUGCUUCUCAUCUAUCAUUGGAUAUCUUAUAAAAGACAAUGCUUUUAUCAUACUCGCACAUUCUAUGAAACAAAACAAAAAUUACCUGAUUGAGUGCUUACUUUCAUGUAGUCUAUAUUAAUAAAUUGCUGGUAAUAAUU